GAAAUGUUGGUUAAAAACAUUUUGCUUCUUGCCCUCUCAUAUUUAUUGGCAGUUACAGCUGUAAGUGCUGGUAGGGGCAAGUAUUGUAGAGCACUUCGUGGUAGACCGGGAACAUGUUUGCCUAUAGAAGAAUGUGAGAGUCUCAGAAGACUGAAUAGAGAUCAAAGUGUGCCCUUUGCAUUACGAGUUUCUCUUUUGAGGCCAAGUGUUUGCCCAGGACCAGGCUCGGAUGGCACAUUUUGCUGCAACGACGAGACUAAAUAUGAAGGUAUACAAAAAUUAAAUCAAACAGACACUUGUGGAAUCUACAAUGUGGCCAAAGGAAAUACCGGAGAAGACUUGCAGGUAGAUGCAAUGCCCUGGAUGGCUUUGCUCAUAUAUGAAGAUCCUGCAAAGAAAACUUCCUCAUUGGGAAUAAAUGGAUGUGCCGGAACUCUUAUAACCGAAAAGUUUGUCUUAACUGCGGCUCAUUGUUUGUUUUUAAAUGGAAUAGAACUCAAACGAGUGCGCUUGGGUAAUUGGAUUCAUUGUGACGGCGACAAUUGUGAGAGCCGUUACAUAAAUUUUGAUAUUGAAAAGACAAUAGUGCACGAACGAUAUGAAAAUACAAGUGAUAUCGGUAACAUUGCACUCCUGAAAUUAGCUGAAACUGUGGAGUUUAAACCGUACGUGCGGCCCAUUUGUUUGCCCUUCGACAACAAUCUACAAGACAAAGCGAAAAGAAAUCGAAUUUACCAUACCAUUGGCUUUGGUCAAACGGAAAAUUCGCAGCUCACAAAUAAUCUAAUGAUGACCCCAGUACUGGGAGCUAGCUUCUUCGAUUGCGAUAGUAAUAAGCCUCUGCUUUGUGUAAAAGAUUCACGAAUUUGCGUGGCCAACAUUGGCAGCCCUGUGAUGAAUACGUAUUUGGUCAAUGGAGUUCAUCGAGCUGUUCAAGUUGGCAUUGUCAGCAAUUUCAAAGGCGCCUGCGGCACUGAAAAAUUAAUUACCAGUACUGAAUUGGCCCAAUAUAUCCCAUGGAUCAGUCACAAGAUAGUUGACGAAUAAAAUUUUAUAAUUUUUAA